UAGUACCAGUCCGUACAGCAUGCCUUCUAUACAAUAAAAUCUUCUCGCAACUAUUCACACUUGUAUACUUCCUCUCUCGUGUCAAAUUCUGCCAGUAGCUUCAAUCAGUUGCAGUGAGGAGAGAGAAAAUUGGGAGAGAGAUCAACAAAAAUGGAGACGAAACCAACAGAAAUCAGCAGCUCAAAGAUGUUUGGAGGAUACAACAAAAGAUACAAGCAUUUCAGCCCAACUCUUGGUUGUUCCAUGACUUUCCACAUCUACUUCCCUCCUUCUGCCUCCCCUUCUUCUCAGAAAUUCCCUGUGCUUUACUGGUUGUCUGGUCUUACAUGUACAGAUGAAAAUUUCAUCGCUAAGUCUGGAGCUCAACGUGCUGCUUCCAGUGAGGGUGUUGCUCUGAUUGUUCCUGACACAUCUCCAAGGGGGCUAAAUGUCGAAGGAGAGGCUGAUAGCUGGGACUUUGGUGUAGGUGCGGGAUUCUAUUUAAAUGCCACACAAGAGAAAUGGAAGAACUGGCGUAUGUAUGAUUACAUUGCCAAGGAGUUGCCUGAACUCCUGAAAGAGAACUUCCCACAACUUGAUACAACACGUGCAUCAAUAUCUGGGCAUUCAAUGGGAGGGCACGGAGCGCUAACUAUAUACCUGAAGAACCUUGACAAAUAUAAGUCAGUAUCUGCCUUUGCACCAAUUGUGAAUCCAACAAACUGUCCUUGGGGUCAGAAAGCUUUCAGUAAUUAUCUUGGAGGAACCAAGGCAGAUUGGGAGGAAUAUGAUGCUACUUGCUUGGUUUCAAAGUUCCAUGAUAUUUCUGCAACCAUUCUAAUUGAUCAGGGAGAGGAUGACAAAUUCUUAGAAGAUCAAUUGUUGCCGAAGAAAUUUGGGGAGGCUUGUGAAAAGGUCAACGCACCUCUUCUGUUGCGAUUCCAACCUGGAUAUGACCAUUCCUAUUUCUUCAUUGCUACCUUCAUCGAUGAUCAUAUCAGCCACCAUGCUCAAGCCUUAAAGUUAUAACUAUCUACUUCGAGAAUCUAGUAUGACUACUUGCUUUAUGUGCUGUUGUCAAAUUAGGAUGUCCAUCCUCAUACUAUGCUGAACUUGUGUUAGGAUUGCCUUUUCCCUAUUUAGAAGGCGAUGUAAUAACAGAGUGCCAAUAAGAAAUGUCUUUACUAUGUUUUCAUGUGCAA